AUGGAAGGCUCAAACAAGGGUGAAGGCAAGAAAAAAAUGGUAGGGUCCGGUUCGAAGUCGAGGGCUCAAGAUAAACGUGGUUCGGGUGGUUCUAGUGUCCCGUUUCAUCCGCACCUUGGGUUUGCGAAUCAAACCCAACCUCCAUUUUAUUUUAACCAACCCAUGCAUCAACCUUUCGGUUAUAAUACCCAACCCAUCCAAAAUUGGAUGCAACACGGUCCGACGAUGACUCGACUCGGUUAUUAUGAUUACUCCUUAGAAGCCCAAAAUGCUUUUGGCCCGUUUGCUUUUCAAACCCCAAGCUCACUAUCACCGAGACCUUUUCAAACCCCAAUGUCACAAUCACCGAGAGACGUACAAGAUGACUCCAAUGAGGAGUUCGUGCCGGAAACCCAAGAACAAGAGUUAGAUGAGGAUGAAGAUGUUGUGGUUGAAGAAAAUCCCGUGAACGAAAAUGUAGCCGAACCGGAAAGAAAAGGAAAAGCGAAACGGGAAACUUGGACGCCUAGACAAGAAGAGGCGUUGGCAAAGGCUUUUGUUCAUUGCACUUUGAAUAAAAAGAAAGGCAAUCAACAAAAGGCGGAUGAGUUUUGGAAGAAAGUUCUAAAGCACUACAAUGAAACGGCCGGAGAUCGUUUAUGCCCUAACGGGGAUGACGAUGCUUAUGUAAUGAAGCAAGCGCUAAAGGAUUACAAAAGCAAAGAAAAAAUUGAUUUUGCUCAUAUUGCGGCUUGGGAGAUUGUUAGAACAAAUCAAAAGUGGUCGUCGGUACCUUUGUUGAAUGAAGAAAGCUCCGGCUCGGGUCUAAAAUGUAAUGCUUUAUUUUUAUUUAUAAAAAAAAUACCAUUGUUUUUCCCACCCGAUAGCAAUGACGACGAGUUAGCUUCAACCGACAGUAGCAUACAUUUUUUCCAAAAUCUCAUUGAGGAAGCCAAACUACAAGACACGGACACAUGUAGUAAGAAACGUUUUGUUCGUCGUGAUCGUGAGAGUGGCCACGAAACCCUUAUGGCGGAUUAUUUUCUCGAGGACCCGAAAUACAACGAAAAUAUUUUUCGACAUAGGUUCUGUAUUUCAAAACGUUUGUUUCUAAAAAUUGUGAGCGACGUGGAAGCGAAUAACUCGUGGUUUGAAGAGCGUAUAUGCGAGAAUAAAGAAGGGUUUUACACCAUUGCAAAAAGUUACAUCGGCUAUUAA